AUGGACAAACAGUCCACAGCUUUCAACCCAGCCUGGGUUUCCUCAGGUGUUUCCCUGUUUUGUAUUCUAACAGUCGCUGUUGUGCUUCCAUCUCUCUACUAUCAAUUAGAUGCUGCUCAAACACGUCUGCAAGUCCGCAUGGAUUCAUUUAAGUUCACAGCUCGAAACAUUUGGAAAGAUGUUGUUUUGGUGAAGAGUAACGGACGUAUCCGUCGUCAAGGAUACGGAAGCUCUUACGAUGCCCAAGGAGAUAAUCAGCAAUGUACUUCUUGUGUUCAACUUCAGUGCCCACCAGGACCUCCAGGUCCACCUGGAGUUAAUGGUGAACCCGGUAUGGAUGGCUCUGGAGGAAGACCAGGUAAACCUGGACUCGAUGGAUUGGACAUUCCACUCGAUCCUGAACCAUCUUUCCCAUGUGUUAUCUGCCCAGCUGGUCCACCAGGAAAUCGCGGAGCUCAAGGAGAAACUGGUCGUCCAGGAGUUCCAGGAGAGCCAGGACACCCAGGAUUACCAGGUCGUCCAGGAAAGCCAGGACGUGUUGGAGAUGCCGGAGAACAAGGAGCACCAGGAGAGCCAGGAGAGCCUGGUAUUAAGGGACCCCCAGGAGAUGACUCCAUCGGAGGAGUGGGAAUUAAGGGACCCCCAGGUCCACCAGGACCAAGAGGACCUAAGGGACCACCAGGAGCCAAUGGUAUGCCAUCUCAAAACCCAGGACCCCCAGGACAAAUCGGAGAAACUGGACCUCCAGGACCACCAGGACCAAGAGGAGAGCCAGGACCAGCUGGACCAUUCGGACCUCCAGGAGACUCUGGAGAACCAGGUGGACACUGUCCCUCAUCUUGUGGAGUUCAAGAAAUCGUCGCCCCCAGCGUCAACGAUUUGGAUACUCAACAAGACUAUCCUCAACAACACCCUCAACGAUCAUACGGAAGCGGAGGAUAUGGAAAAUAG